AUGACAACAAAAGACUAUGAUAAAAAAUACCCACUCUCUGAAGACUUCUUAGUACUAGCGGCAAGAAUAAAGGAUACAUGCAUUGGAAAAAUCGAAUCCAUAACUUUUAACGAAGAUGGAAGUAUUUCUGUUGAAAGAAACGUUGCAAGUCUUGAAAACAACGGAAAAUACAUAAGAAAUCAAUAUGAAGACUACAGAAUUAAAAGCACUUAUGAUUUGAAAGAGCCAGUCAGCUUCAGAACAAAGAAAACAAAGAAUAUUAUUUCCUUGGAAGACCAACGCACUGAAAUAUUAAAUCAGAUCUUUAAUGAAAUAGGUACUGAAAAGAAUGAUGAAGAAAAAUGGGAAUGUAUUAAUGCAAAAUUUCAUGAAGUGUUUGGACAUACCGAAAUAUUAAAUAAUCCAUCCGAUGAGGCUGAAAAAAGAAAAUAUCUUUCUUGGAUUUUCGCAUUAAGAAACUGGGAUUUAUCCAAUAAAUUUCCCGUCGCUCACUGGGUGCAUAAGGCCGAAAAAACCUUUGGUCCCGCUGACAUCCAGUCUGAAAUUAUUUCCAAACCCACUCCUAAUAAUAAAAGAAGAAUAACGUCCAGUGGAUCAUCAUCAGUAAAAAAAUUUAGGAAUAAUGUGGCAACUACCUAUGAGAGUAAUGGAGAAUAUGAAGAAGAAUAUUCGAUUCAGGAAAAAGAAAUAAGCACCGUCGUUCAAAAAAUAAGUGAAGAUAAAAAGUUGAAAAAAAAAAAGAGAAUGGAUAAAAUUAUCGACCAACUGCUUUUUCAAAGUAAUAAAGAAGGACGGGUAACUGCACAUUCAGUAGUUCCAUACUCAGUUGUUCCAAUGGAAAUAUAUGCCAAUGACAUCGAAUUUGGUGAUAAUCUUUCAUCUAUUCAAAAUGGUCUCAAUAAUUGGAAAGCAAGAAACGUGAUUUUACUCAAUCUUGAAUGUAACAUCGAAUAUGUUAAAUGGAGGCAUUUUCUUAAUCUUAAUUUAGCUUAUAGAGCUUUGAAAAGGACCAUGCUUCAUAUAGAUAAAAGAGCGGAAAGAAGAAUUUGGACUGCACUUCGUUUCAUAAAUUUUUUAUUAUUGGAUGGUAUAAUUACAGAGAAUUCACUCUUUAAUUCAAAGAUUGCACCCGAUUUCUUUAAAAAAAUGAACGGAGAUGAUCAUAUUUAUUUUUUAAAGAAAAUUAAAAAAGAUGAAACUAUAACCUUUAAUAUAAAUGAUGUUAAAAGUGAAGAAGAAGAUAACAAUAACAAUAGUGAGGAAGAAUACGAUACUGUAGAUGAAGGCGAUAGUCAUUAA